AUGGCGAUGAAGGAGUGGCUGCAAUGGUUACCACCACCACGAUCUUUGCUGGCUCUACUGCUAGCAGUCACAGGCUUUAGCAGCAGACUCUUCGCCUCCUACGUCACUCACUCACCCACGUUGCUGGUGGACACCUGUCACUCACUAUGCAGACUACUUGGGCUCAUCACCACUCUCCUUUCUUAUAAGUACGAGCGUGCAGAUGAAGGUGCAGGCCGAGAGGGUCGACUCCGCAACACGUUCGGUUGGGCGCGGAUCGAAGUCGUCGGCCGAUUGUCAGUCCACGUGUUGUUCGCUUCAUUUGCGCUUUCGCUAGUUGUCAACGCACUUCAGCUCGGUGUGCAUUCCUCCCAUUUGCAACCUCCCCGAUAUCCUAAAGUAAUUGUCGGUAGUGCUGUCCUUGGGUUACUUUUGCAUACCGUCAAUUAUAUGCUAUUGGCUGGUCGGGAGCUGAGCUACAGUCGACGCUUAAGCAUGACUGAGGGGGGUGGAGUGGUGCUCAAGACAGGCUCAGGGGAGCCAGUACUAGCGCACGCACCUAUCGACAUCGUCAGUAGCCUGUUUGCGAUCGGUGCCGGGCUGACCUCGGAAUGGGAACCAGAAGUAGCUCGUGUUGCAGAUCCAGCCCUGUCGGCGUGCGCUGCAAUCGUCCUCGUCAUUUUUAACUUUCCUUUCAUGCGGUCGGCGGGCCUAGUGCUGCUGCAGACGGUGCCGGAGGGGCUGGGCGCGUGCUCGCUGCGCGCGGCGGCGCUGCGCGUGCCCGGCGUGCUCGCCAUACACGAGCUGCAUGUGUGGCAGCUGCACCGCGACAAGAUCGUGGCCACUGCUCACAUCGCUUACGGCUCACAUGAGGACUAUAUGCGUAAUUCAGAACUUGUGUGUGAUGUGUUCAAACGACACGGUAUCAGUCUUGUAACUCUGCAGCCAGAAUUUGCUUUUGAUUCAAUCGGUGGCACAGAAGAAGAGAAGAAGGCAUUGGUGGAGUUUGCAAACAUAGCAUGCUCCUGUCCGUGCGCAAAAGAGUGCACAGCCCCACGCUGUUGCGAAGCCCCUCGGAGACCGCUAAUAACUCGCAUAUAG